AUGUCCACCACUCUCAUUUUCGGCGGUAGUGGCAAAGUCGCCCGUCACCUCACCAAGCUCCUUUCCGCCGAGCCCGGCGCCACCGUCUACAGCGUCAUCCGAAACCCCGCGCAAAUACCGGAGCUGGAAGAGCUCGGCGCCAACCCCAUCGUCCAAUCCAUCGAGGACACCUUCGUGACCGAGAUCACGGCCACCAUCGAGCACACGGCGCCCGACGCCGUCGUGUGGUCAGCCGGCGCGGGCGGGGGGAAUCCCCAGCGCACGAGGGCCGUGGAUCACGAAGGUGCCAUUAAGGUUUUCGAUGCGUAUGCUGCGGCGGCAACGGGGAAGCCUAAGAGGUUCAUCAUGGUUAGCGCUUUUGAUGUGAGGGAUCGGGAGGGGAAGCCGGUUCCGGAUUGGUAUAAGCCUGAGGAUGUGAAGCGGAGUGAUGCUGUGUGGAAUGCUAUUGGUAUUUAUAUGAAGGCCAAGUUUGAGGCCGAUAAAGAUCUUGUCUUGAAUAAUAAGAGGCGGGGGCUUGAGUAUACGAUUGUUCGCCCCGGAUCUCUGUCGAAUGAGCUGGGCACGGGGAAGAUUCGCGCUGGGAAGAUUGGCAUGUCGGGUGAUAUCCCGAGGGAGGAUGUUGCCGGGGUUAUUCUUGCUUGUUUGAGGAACAAGGAUACGAUUGGGCUUGCCUUUGAUGUUCUUGGACCUGGGGAGGGGGAUUUGUCGAUUUCGGAGGCUGUUGCCAAGGUUGCGAAGAACAAGGAGGAUACCUUUAAGGAUGCCAACAAAGCUGAAAACCCAAGAAAAUCCAUUGCUGUCCCCACCCCCGUGAAGAGUUUCCCUCCUCUUCGAACAUCACCUCCCAUCCCAGGAAAUGUCGGAGCCGGCCAAGAAUCGUCAACACCUAAAACUCUGCUUCUCGAAACGUAUAUCGGCAUGGCGAGAGCUUCUAGAAUCUCGGUAGUCGGGCUCGUGCAGGUUGCGCUGCAUCUAGCGAGCGUGUUGCUUGCGAUUGCGGCACUGGGGACGUUGAUUUGGAAUGCCAUGAGGGUUUCGAAUGCGAUUACGCUUGUUCUCGCGUUUAUUGCUGCGUGUUGGGUUACUAUCUUUGGGAUUGUGGAGGCAGUCAUGCUCCUCGGCAGGAAAGAUCCAAGGAAUCGCCUCAGAGAGCUACGGCCGGCGUGCUUUAUCUUCUUCCACGUCUUCACCAUUCUGUUGAUCGUUGGCGGGUGCGUAUUGAUGGCGUUUACGGACUGGGAGCGGACUGGGCUGGUCGGCGUCAGUACGGAUGCUUCUACGACGGAGAGUGCGGUGGAAAGUACGACUUUUGCGAUUCCGAUGAUUCUUUUGGGGAUAGUUGGCCGUCCGCGAACGGUCGAGCGGCUCCUUCAAGUCCUCGCAAGCUUUCAUACACUUCAGUACGAAAAUGGCCACGACGCCGCCCACGAACAAAUCCCCCCAGAAAUGAAGACAACCCGCCGAGGCGAGGCCCGCCGAGCUCUCGUACCCAUGAGCCACCCCUUGCCCAAGCUCGUCCAGCUCGCCUGUAACUCUUUCCGCCGCCCCGGCGAGCGUCGCAACAGGCAAGACCGGGCGCGAAAGAGCAUGCACGCCCUGAUGAUCCGAUGGCUCACGGGCAGCAAACGAGGGAAUCCGCGCGAGUUCUCGGACUGGAACCUGGAAAAAUUCGCCAAGUACGCCGACACGUAUUUUUUCAUGGGCACGAUUUUCGGAAGACACUGGCGUAGGCGAUACACAGCCCUCGGGAACUGGGAAAGGCGAAUGUGGAUUAUUGGUCUAGGGGAUGGCAAGCGCAGCAUCUUGAGCCACACGUUCAAGAAUUCGCGGGGCCAUGUCUAUAUGUGCGUGAAUGUUCGGGCUUUCCGGAACCAGCCGCUCGACAUGCGUCCAUUGUUCCCCCUCAUCACGACGAUCCUCCAUGAGCUCUGCCACGUCUAUCUCAUGUCGUAUGGGUGCUACUGCACAGACGAGUGUACUAAGGAGAUACCGAGAUGGCAUGGGUUCAGCCACCAUGGAAUGUGCUGGGUAACGCUGUUCGGCAUGGUUGUGCGCGAAAUUCGCGAGUGGGAUCCCCGGCUUGCGGAGUUCGGCCAUGGCGUGAAUACGUAUUACGUCUCCGCUGGAGAUGUUCAGAAGGAGACGGAGGAGCGCGAAGUGAUGUUCGAUAACGAAGAUCAACGGCCAAAUUAUCUUGAUGUGGAGAUGAUGGACCACGAAGAAUAUACGUAUGGGACAUAUGAAGAGAAUCGUCGGAUUAGAGUCUUUGAGAGGAGGCCCAUUCCGAUCCAGCCGAACCAGGAGAAUCAACCAGAUCCACCGGAUGACUCAGAUGAUCCAGAUGAGCCUCGGCCGGCCCCGAGGAGGAAGCGGCGCCGUGAGGUCGACAUUCUUCUAGAGGAAGCCGAGAGGUUUCUAGGGAAGGAGUUUCUGGAAAAGAGGAGGCGGAUGGGAUAA